CGAGCAUCAACAACAGAACUUUUUUCCCCUCUCGCAUUUCCCCCCGCCAACACUUUUUUUUUUCCCUUAUCGAUUUCGGUCAAGGGAGCGGUGUCGCUGUUCUGCCACUUUUGUUGCGGAACGAAGGACGAUCGGCGGCAGCUUGUUUCACCUCGCAGCUUCAGCUUCAGCGUGCAUUGCGCACUGAGCAACCUGGCCACUCCGUCACUCCGUCUCUUGGCUCCCCGAGCUCUCACCCAUAUCUGACCCGCUUCGGUCCCAGCAUCGCACCACAUCAAUUCGGUCUGCAGGGUUGGUCCUCGACCACCGUUCCGCCAUCAUGUCUGACACAGAGAGCGUCGACUAUUUGCAAGCGGACUUCGACCCGUGGUCGCUGACCGUCCCUCGCCUGCGUUCCAUCCUCGUCACCCACAACAUCCAAUAUCCGUCGCAGGCCAAGAAACCACAGUUGGUAGACCUCUUCAAUGAACAUGUCCUGCCGCAAUCGAAGCAGAUUCUAGCCACUCGCGCCCGCGCGAAACGGUCGAGCAAGGGGAUCGUGGAUGCCGACUCCCAGAGCACCACGAGUGCCGACCUCAAUGACGAGCACAUGCCGCCACCGCCUUCGGCGAGGCGGUCUCGCUCGCCAAGGAAGACCACCAGGGUGAAGCGCGAAUCUGAAGAGCCUGAUCGCGCGCCCUCAAUGCCUGCGCCGGCGCCACUCCGAGAGAGCCCCCGGAAGAGGCAGUCUCGGUCAGCCAGCGCCCAACCACCCCCCGCUUCCGACACCGACACAGAUCGCGAACCCGAAGUGCCUCGAUCUGUCAGACGCGAUCGGCGCGUGACCCCAGUGCCCAAGCUGGAGCCGGCAGAGGAAGACGACUUCUUCAAGCGCACGCCCGAGACCGCGGGCGUGUUCACCAGCGACAACCCCUUUCAGAGCGGGGCCAAUUCACCCGUCACGCCUUUGAAGACGCCCACCAACCGCCGGAAGACGACCGGUCUGGAUUCGGUACGAAAACAUGCGCCAUCGACUGCUCGUCGACGCACCGACGGGCAACACGUCUUCAACGACGACGACGAGCCGUCCACCGUCUCCCGCAGCAUCGAGAUGCCGCUCAGCCGAAUCGCUCCGUCGAAAACACCCGAGGUAGAGCCCGGUGAGGAGUUCACCCCGGAGGAGCAGCUGGCGCUCAAUCAGGAGGAAGCAGCCCAUCCAGAGCUCGCUGCUGCCCGGAGAGCCCCGCGGCCUUCCAAGCGGGGCUCGAGCCUGUCCACCCCAAUCUGGGUUCUCUUCACAACGCUCCUCGUCGCCUACGCAGCGUGGUACAGGCAGGAGAAGAUCGCGGUGGGAUAUUGCGGCCUUGGGCGGGAGCCGACUCAGCUCGUUCCCGCCAACAUUCAGCUCCCAGAAUGGGCUGUAGAACUCGGCGCGAAGCUCGAAAUUCAGAACCUGCAGAACAUCCAGGUUCCCGACUGGAUAAACGGCGUUCUGGAGCCGCAAUGCGAACCUUGCCCUCCCCAUGCGUACUGCUACGAGGACUUCACAGCUCGCUGCGAACCGGACUUCAUCCUGAAGCCACACCCGCUUUCGCUCGGCGGCCUUGUCCCUCUGCCGCCUACCUGCGAGCCCGACGGCGAGAAGGCCCGUCGUGUCCAGGCCGUCGCCGACAAGGCGGUCGAGGAGCUGCGCGAUCGGAGGGCCAAAUACGAGUGUGGCGAGCCGCUCGAGCCCGAGGGAGAGCCAUUGGACAGUCCGGCUAUCGACGAACAGGAGCUGAAGGAGAUCCUUAGCAAGAAGCGCAGCAAGAGGAUGGCCGCUGAGGAAUUCGACGAGCUUUGGGUUGCGGCCAUUGGAGAGAUCAAGGCCAGAGAUGAGGUCGAAGUGCGCCAGGAGGAACCUGCAGCUCCAGAAACCGGAGGUGCCGCUGGCUUUCCAACCACCCUCAUAUCGUCCACCUCUCUCGCUCGCCUUUCGUACUCCUGCGCGCUCCGGCGGUCCGUCAAGCUUGGAGUGGCUCGACAUCGACUCAGCAUUGGUGGACUGAUCCUGUCGCUGCUGUCCAUUCUCUACGGGCGCCGCCGCUACACCCGCAACCGCGCGCUGUCGGCGCAGAUCCCCGCGUUGGUCGAUGAGGUCCUCGAGCGCCUCGCGAACCAGAAGGAGGUCGCCUUCGAAACCGGCGACGAAGAUGCGUUCCUCUUCCUUCCCAACCUGCGCGACGAUGUGCUGCGCUCGAUGCACAGUCUCUCGGAUCGGGAGCGUCUGUGGCAGCGCGUGCGCGCCGUCGUCGAACAAAACAGCAACGUCCGUACGGGCCAGCGUGAGGGCCGCAACGGCGAGGUUGGCAGGGCCUGGGAAUGGAUAGGACCCAGCAGGCUCGGCGCCGGCGACGGCUCGGCGUCUCGCCGGCACAAGAGCGUCCGCGUGUCGUGGGGUCCGGAAGUCAAAGGAGAGCUCGAGGACUUUCCAAACAAGCCGGCGCCGGAGGCGAUCGAACGGAAGGCUGUGCACCGCAAAUGGGAGGAAGGUGGCCGGCCGAUCUACUAACCGGUGCAGGGAUGGAGCACCGAACCACACCCUCCGCAUUACAUACCACUGAUUUUUUUUCUUUUUUUGUCUUCUAUGUAUCUAUAUG